AUGGAAGAUAUCAUGGCAGCCAUAAAUCAGUCCCAGAAGUUCCAGAAGUCUUUAUCCAUAUUCCACCAAGAAGACAAUGAUGUCAAAGGGGUGGCGGAGCGGUCUCAUCCUCCUGCAGUCUACGUUGAAGGGGAAGAUGCUGUUUUUACUCAGCUGACAAUCAGUAGAGACGGAUGUAGAACACGGGGAGGAACAAGGGGAGACUGCAGUAACGGAGAGCAAUUUUGGUGGAGGGAAGAGGGGAAGAGCAUUAAUUGCCACGUAGGGCGCAGUCUUCCCCCGCCCGCCGUGGCUCGGGUGAGGAGCUACGUGCGGUACCUGCGGCCCCGCCGGGCCGCGCUGCGCGGAGCCCCCCGCCGAUCCGCCGCGGCGGAGCUCCAUGCUUCCCUCUCCCCGAGUCUAGACCUGAGGGGACUGGGGCCGCUCGGGCAGCCGCACGAACGGGAACUGAGUCUUGGUUGGAGGUUCUGCUCUGGGGCGCCCCUAAUCCUCUCGGGGACCCGCUUCCCCCUGCCUCGGGCUGUGGAUCGGCAAAACGGCGCGGAGGGGGCUCGGGGCGCUCUCUGUGCCCUCACCCCAGGGACGUCCGGUGCCUGGGAUGGUCCCGGCGGCGCGGCCCCUGUCCCACCAUCAGCCGCGGCUCUGCGGGCUCAGCGCGGAGCGGAGCGCGGCCCCGCGGGACUCCCGCACGGCCGAGCGGGCGGCGGGAGCCAAAGCCGGGCCGAGUGUGACACCUACCUGCCAGCGCCGGGAGCACCGCGCCCGCGGCCGGCCCUGCGCGGGGCUGCGCGCCCGCGGGCCCCGCCGGGACCGCCCCAGCCCGGGGACAGCGGCGCUGAGCGCCGGCGGGGGCAGCGGGGGAAGGGAAAGGGGCCACGGCCGCCCCCGCCGCACCGAGCGCAUUUGCCCGGGCAGUCGGCGGCCCCGGCUGCCGCCGCAGCACCGCUGCUGCAGCGACGCGGGCUAAAUCUGGCAGAAAAUCGAACUCAUUAG